CCAGAGAUACAUACACAGACAGAGGAUCUAAGAGACAGACAGAGGUGAUAGCAGUGGAAAUGAAGCAAUAGACCACUAGAGGACAUUAGCGGUUGUUGUCAUGACGACUCCUCGAGUGGGCUCGGCCACAUGGCGAGACGCCUCUUAUCGAACAAUGAAUGUGGCACGUGCCCUUCAGAGGCGUCCAUUUACUGCUAUUGGUAACAGGCAACAGUUGAAAAGUGCAGAGUCCGAAACCAGGAGCAUCUCGAGACAAUGUAUAGCACCUCCACCAUUCCACAGAGACUUAAUGGCACAGACAUGCAAUGCUGUCGCACUGACCUACAUGCGAGAUGCGCGAGUUUCAAUGUAUCGUCUGAGAACAGCUCUUCUUGAGACCAACCGCCAUAUUCAAAGACUGCACAAAGAGAGAGAUAUCUUGGAGAAGGCUCAUGCUAAUGUGAGGAAAGACAUCGUCACCAAUCAAGGAACAGUCCAGAUCCGGAAUUUAAGGCCAAAGAGUGAGAAGUACCCAGAUAAAGUUGAUACUUCUCUACGAGAGGAGGAAAAAAGCCUUUUAGAUGAGAAAAAACAUUCAGAGAUUCAGCUGCACGAAGUCUCACGACAACUUAAGGCUCUGUAUGUUAACCGCCAGAAACUAUCUGAGUUUUGUAAAGAAAGGAGUCGAGUACUAGAUCUUGUUGGCGAGACUUCCAAACCACCGGCUGUAGGACAAGAGAUGCCUGAAAACAACAAUCACCUCUGGCAAGACAAGACAGCCUGCUGGGAUGUAAUCAACCAGGCACAUGCAACUUGUAAGAUGUUCCGAAACACACAACCCCCAAACUGGCAGAAACCAGCAGACCUGCGAGAAAUGAAAGAGGGCAUCACAGGGGCACUUCGCAGGAAGGCUAACGAGAGUUCUCGUAUCCGGGAGGACUUGACCCUCACAUUGGGAGACUCAAGAAACUUUAUCCAGAGAGAGCAAAGGAUUCAUGAUGAGGUAGAGCAGAGCUACAACCUUCAGCUGGGUCCUUUGGCUAGCACAGAUCUUACGUUACGGGAAAGUCUGACUCGUCCACUGGUAAAAAUACUUCAGAGACAUCCAGUGACCCAGCUGCCUGAGAGCACAUACACUGCAGAGGGCUCAGCCAGCCUCCAGAAAACUCUGGAUAGAACUCGUCAAAAAAUCGGAAUAGCACAGUUCACGCACCAGCAGCUUAAGAAUGACUCGGAGUGCAAGCUUUCGGGCCAACGCUUAGAUCAAGCCGCAGCAAGACUGCGAGACCGGAGUGCGAACAAACGCCGAUAGAGAUUGUGCUACCAAUAAAUACAUACCUGGGUGCA